AGAAUACCGCCCGGGACGUGGGACACGCACAUGCACGUAGUCGAUCCGGACACGUUCCCACUGGAUGCUGCCGCUCAAUACAAGCCCAAAGCCCAUACGCUUGAUCAAGCCCAGGACUUCUUGGGCCAGCUCGGUAUCCGGAAGAUGGUCAUAAUUCAACCAAGCAUCUACGGCAACGACAACUCAUGCACACUGGACGGUCUGAAGAGCCUUGGCACCAAGACUGGCCGUGCUGUCAUUCAGUUUGAUCCUGCAUUGGCCUCCAAAGAACAACUCCAAGAAUGGCACGAUAUGGGUGUGAGGGGCGUAAGACUCAACUUCAAGAGUGUCGGCGCGAAUCCAUCAGCCUCAGAAUUAGAGGCAACUCUACGAGACUACGCGGACGCUGUCAGGUCCUUCGGGUGGCCAUUAGAGCUGUAUAUCGCUCUGGAGAACGUCCCUCUGAUCGAGAGCGUGGUGGACACACUAGGUUGCAAGGUCAUUAUAGAUCACUUUGGCCACCCUACAGCAGAGUCGCUGUCCACGGCCAAGACUGCGCAUGAUAUUCAAGGCUUCUCGUCCUUAGUGAAGCUGCUGAGGCAGGGCAACACUUGGGUCAAGAUCUCGGCAUCGUACAGACUGGCAAAAGAUCCGGCGAGCAAAAUCGUCGAAUCGCUUUGCAGGGAGGUUGUACGAGUCAGGUCCGAUAGAUGUGUGUUCGCGACGGAUUGGCCGCAUACGCGAUUCGACGAUGUCGUUGUCGCGGACUACCUGGAGAAGAUCUUGGACUGGUGCGAGGAUGAAGGAGUCGAUCUGUCGCAGGUCCUGGUCAAGAACGCGGAGGAACUGUUCGAUGCGUGAUCGUCGAGAGUCGUGUAGAUGUCCAAUUGAUCCGUGUCAUCACGUAAUGAAGUAGGCUGGCACCUGGUUUUGUUGUGGUUGUGGCGAGAGGAAGAUGAAAGUGCUUGCGUCAGAGAUGGUUGCCCGGCUCUGUGGAGCAGAGCUCACGCGACGUCGGUGCUUCGGACGGAAUCAUCUCCAAACUUUUGCGAUGAGCUUCCAGAAUUCCACUACAAUCCACUUC